AUGCAGUUUCCAACCCCUCACCUCCUGCUCACCACCCUCCUCGCUACUAUCACAACCGCCGAUUUCUCGCGCGAUUGCCCGCCAGGCAGCGGCGUUGGCAAUCAAGCCGAAUGGAGCGCACGCGGCGUAGAUGGCACUGCGAUCCCUAGAGAACUUGACGCUCACAGCCUCUGUGACUGCUUCAAGCCGUUCUUGAACGUGCUGGGAUGUUCGGUCACAUCGGUUGUGACGGAGAGAGCUGUUUUUGUGAAGGGACAUCUCAACUAUUGUGCGCGGAUGUCGGAGUCGGUGGCAGGGAUCUCGCCGUGUAAGGAGUGGGAGAUUGAGGUUGGGGGAGCGCAUCCUGAGAGGAUGGCAAACAGAUAG